GGUUUCUUCUCUGUUUUGAUUUGAGCACAAUUUAUCUGCCACAAAUUGGCCGCCGGUCGUUAUCUAAACAAACUGAAAACGCAGCAGGAUUCCAUGCAGCUUUAGUUCCAGGGCGGUAGCUGUGUAGAGUUGUGCCAUGGCUAUUUACAAACUAAUUCCAAACGAUGCUGCUCGUAUGUGCUCGAUACUGUUCAUCCCUAAACCGCUGUCCACAACCCAACGAAAAUUCACCCGAGGUGCUGGACUCGCUCAUCAGAACAGAUCGCCAUCCUUCGAAAAUUUACCGAGUGGCGGCUUUUCCAAUCCUUUAGUGAACGAAAAUGGGAAAUGGAUUAAACUGCGAUUUUUCGAUCAAGCGAACCACAUCGCGUACAGUAUAAAGCAUUUCUAUGAAGACUUUGUCGGCAACAGGGAGGUGCAGGAAUCGCAAAGCAAAGUGAAGGAUUUGCAGCCUAAGCUGAGCGUUCUUAUCGAUAAUCGAAAUGGGUGUGAGUUUGCUCUAAUCGAGGUAAAAAAGCAACUGACUGAAGUCAACAGUUCCCAGCAGUCUGUGUCCCGUGAAGACGUUCAGUACAUCGAUCUGUUGAAGCAGGAAUUCAAGAUCUUCUCCGAAAAGCAGCGUUUGGAAAGUAUGAUAGAGGUUCAAACAUACGAACAUCAAUUCUUGCUGAUGCAGCUAACGUAUGCCCUGAACGAUGUCCACGUGAAGGAACGCCAGGAGGCGAGUAAUAUACGGUUGGUGAAACUAUUCUUUACCACCCUUGCGGCUAUACUUGGUUUCGCUGGCACGGUAGGGUACAAUCACUACAAGGACUCCAAGGUCCAAAGCUUUAUGACAUCACAGAGCAAGAUGAUGAAAACCUUGGUGGAGUACGUAGAGCAGGAACAGGCCCGAAAUGGUACACCGACCACCGAAUCCUGGGGUAGCUAUCUGUACCGCCAACCGGGUCGGCUUUACGGAUACUUGUUUUCAAACCAAUCGAACGGAGCAGAUUCUUGGAGUAGCAGUCUCUAUCGUCAGCCAGUUCUUCUGUAUCGGUACAUGUUCCGCAAAGAAUCGUGAUUCGUGUUCCCCGUGACCAGCAUUGUAGAGUGCCGAAGUAACACCGCACUCUGGUAUCACGCUUUCAAUUAAAAGCUAUUGAUGUAAGAAUUCAAACAAUUGUUUACAUGUUCAAUGCAACGGAGAACAAAUCGCAGGAUAGCACCAAAUGCUAACGUAAGCUAUUGUAUUCUUUACAAAGUAUCCAGCCGUUGAUUUUGUAAACAAAUAAACAGUGUUUCUAUGAAUUUUAUGAACAGAAAAUAAGAAUACCGGUAUGAAAUAAAACAGUUGCGCACACAACACAUAA